AGCUUUAAUUCAUUCUAAUGAGUGUCAAUGGGCGUUGUCUAAUAACAAUUUGGCAUUAAAGUUUUUUUGUUAUCAUUAAGUCAAAAUGUGGCAGGAAGGCUACGUGUUUUUAAUAUUUAUGUUUAUCUGCAUUUGUAUAAAUGGAUUAAAAGUGAAUAAUACGAUGACAUGGUGCACUGUAUCUGAUGGCGAACAAAAUAAAUGUGAAGCUUUCUCAAAUGCAGUUGCUCGUGAUAUGACUUUCUUUGGAAGGACCUAUCUUACAUUGAAGUGUAAACAAGCAUUUAAUAAGGAAGAGUGUAUGUCAAUGUUGGAUCAAGAAAAAGCUGAAAUGACAACAUUAGAUGCUGGAGAAGUGUUUUUAGCAGGGCGUUAUCAUAGUUUGGUCCCCAUUAUGCAAGAAAUAUAUGAAAGUGGUGUUAAUUAUCAAUAUACUGUUGCUGUUAUUAAGAAAGGGUCUUUAUCAGAUGUAGAAACGUUAGAAAAUCUUCGAGGAAAAAAAGCAUGUUUUGCAGGCGUUGGUACGCUUGCCAGUUGGGUUAUUCCUAUUCUUACGUUAAUGAAGCAAGGUGGAAUGGAAGUUAUUGAUUGUAAUAAUCAUGUCAAAUCUGCAAUUAAAUAUUUUGGACCAAGUUGUGCGGUAAACUCAUUGAUAGAUAAAUAUAAUCCUUUAGGCGAUAAUUCUGACCAGUUAUGCAAACUUUGUAUUGGAAAACCACCAACUGAUAAAUGCACAAAUGCAGAUCCUUAUGCAGGAUAUGAGGGUGCUUUUCGUUGCUUAGUAAAUGCUGGAGAGAUUGCAUUUUUAGUUCAUACAACUGUACAAGAAAUGACAUCAUCUACAUUUGAAUUCAAUAAUAUUACGAAAGAUCAAUUCGAAUUAUUAUGCAAGGAUGGAACACGAAAAUCAAUAAACGAAUAUAAGACUUGUAAUUGGGGUACUGUUCCUUCUCGUGCAGUGGUGACGUCUUCUGUAACAAAAAGUGAAAUUCGUAGAUUAUAUCAAAAAUUUCUCGAAAAAGCGGUUAAAAUAUUUAACAAAAAUAAAAGGAACGAUUCAACGGAUAUUUAUAAUAAUCGUUUUGAUAAUCGACAAGGUGAUUUUGAAAAUAGAUUAGGAUACGAAGACAGAUAUAAAGAAAAUGAUUUUGGAUAUAAUAAUCGAAAUGAGUACAAUACAGACAACUCUAAUGAUUACAAUAGAAGUUACGAUGACAGCUACACAAACUCGAAUACAUGGAAUAGGGAACACAAUAACACGUAUAAUAAUUAUCCAGUUAACGAUUAUUCUGAAACGACAAAUAUUCAACCGAUCGAAACAUUUGAUUUAUUUGAAUCAGCUCCCAAAUAUGGCAUUCAUCAUAAUCUAAUAUUUUCGGAUUCAGCUAAAGAUUUUGUAUCAUUGCCUGAAAAAGAUCAAACGUAUACAGGAUAUUUAGGUAGAUCAUUAGAUUCUAUUUUAGGAGUACGUCAAUGUCCUGUCAACAGGAUGACAUUGUGCGUUACGUCCGAUCCUGAAAUGGAAAAGUGUGUAAAGAUGAAGAUUGCUUUGAAAGCACAACUUCUGAAACCAGAAUUAUUAUGCCAUAAGGCAUAUAGUCAAAUAAAUUGUAUGCAAGCAAUACAAAAUGGAAUUGCAGAUGUAACAGUUUUAGAUGCCAGUGAUGUAUAUACCGCUGGUUUGCGUUUUGAAUUAAUUCCAUUCAUAUCCGAAGUAUAUAAUCUUGGUACACCUGAUUAUUAUGUAGUUGCUGUUGCGAAGGAAGAGGAUGAUAAUACAGACUUAACGUAUCUCAAAAACAAAUAUACCUGUCAUACUGGAAUUAAUACUGCAGCAGGAUGGGUCUAUCCAUUGGCGUAUCUUCUCUCAAAUCAAUGGAUUAGAGGCUAUGGUUGCAAUUCCGUACGCGCAGCUGCUGAAUAUUUCACUAAAUCAUGCGUGCCAGGUGCGCUGAGUCCUGAAUACAAUACAGGUGUUCCAUACGAUAAUAUGUGUGACUUAUGUCAUGGAACAAGUAACAAAUAUUGUCGAAGGGACGCUUCGGAGGAUUAUUAUGGGUAUACUGGUGCUUUUAGAUGUUUGGUUGAAGGAGGUGGUGAUGUAGCAUUCGUCAAACAUACAACGGUUGCUGAAAACACUGAUGGUAAAAGAAGAGAAUUUUGGGCACGUAAUACAUUUACAAAAGAUUUUGAAUUACUUUGUCCCGAUGGUACUCGUCGACCAACUACAGACUACGAACAUUGUAAUUUAGGAAAAGUAGCAGCUAAUGCUAUUGUUACACGUGGGGGUUAUUACGGUUACAAUGAGACGCAAAUCAAUGCUUAUAUAAAUCUGUUUAUUUAUGCACAACAAUUGUAUGGUAGGAAGGAUCCAGAUGAGUUUAGUUUCAGUAUGUUCUACAGCAUUCCACCGUAUAGUGAUCUCAUUUUCCAAGAUGCAACUCAACAAUUAGUUAUUAUUCCACCUGAAAAAAGACAAUUUAGCGCAUAUCUUGGACGAGAUUUUAUGAGAGCUAGAAGAAUCGUAGAUUGUAAUGCUGGUGCAGCUUCUUUAGAACAUUCCAUAAUUGCUACGAUAUUAAUGCUUAUCUUAACUUACUGGAUAAGAGAUCUGAAUACUUAAUUUUUAUACGCGAUC